GGCGCCCGAGCGAGAGCGCGGGGCGGUGCCGUUGGGAUCACAGCCAGGGCGGGAGGAUGGCUUCCAGCUUCAAGAAGCCCAGCGCUGCCUCCACCAGCCAAAAGAGAAAGGUGGCACCUAAGCCCGAGCUCACUGAAGAUCAGAAGCAAGAAGUUCGGGAAGCGUUUGACCUCUUCGACGUGGACGGAAGCGGGACCAUCGACGUGAAGGAGCUGAAGGUGGCCAUGAGAGCGCUGGGCUUCGAACCCAGGAAGGAAGAGAUGAAGAAAAUGAUCUCCGAGAUGGACAAGGAAGGCACGGGGAAGAUCAGCUUCAAUGACUUCCUGGCCGUGAUGACUCAGAAGAUGUCCGAGAAGGACACCAAAGAAGAAAUCCUGAAGGCCUUCAGGCUCUUUGAUGACGAUGAGACCGGGAAGAUCUCGUUCAAAAACCUGAAGCGUGUGGCCAACGAGCUGGGGGAAAACCUCACGGAUGAGGAGCUGCAGGAGAUGAUCGACGAAGCUGAUCGGGACGGGGACGGCGAAGUGAAUGAGGAGGAGUUCCUUCGGAUGAUGAGGAAGACCAACCUUUACUAAGUCGGUUCAGAAGCUAAAGUGACACUCUGGGUUCCCGGCUUCCAUUUUGUGAAACCUUAGAGGACAGCGGCUGCCUGUCCCUUCUUCACCCCCUCACCCGCAUAAUUUGUCUAGAUCUAUUUCCAUAUCUCUAGUUCAAUAAUAGAAUUUGAAAGAUGC